AUGUUGGAUACUAAGAAAGACAGAAGAUGGUGGGAAACAAGGAUGAGCGAUGGGGAGAAACAAGACGUGCUCAAUGCCAAAGCCAUUCGAGGAGACAAGCCUCCUCCCAAGGUCACGCUCGCGCCUCCAUACCUCAAGAAGAAGAAGCACAGAAACGAUGAGGAGGAGCUUGAUGACGUUGACUUGACUCCCGAAGAGGCCCGUAAGCUUAAAAAGAAACAAUUCCUUGAAAUGAAGCAAAAAGAAGAGAACGAUGCGAGGUUGAGAGAUGAAUGGUUUUCUUUCGUUCAAAACAAAGACAGGGCGGACAUUCUAAAAUCUGGGAUGGAAAACCUCAACUCGUUCGUGCGAUGGAGGCAAAGCCAAGGAUAUCAGAAGAUGGUUCGGCUCAGACCGCAGACAGCACCAGCCACUUCAAUACCUUGGACACAUGUUGCCAAGGAAAGUGAGACGUCUGCCAUGGAGAGCCACAAGAUUCAUUCUAGAUUGAUACGUCAGUAUAUCUCAGCAAUUGCCCCGAGCAACGCUGACACGACGAAAAAAACGUUCAAACUUGAAAAACACCUUGCUCCCUACUUCUUGGUGGCCGAAGAGGAAGUUACGUCCAGACGAUGUAUUCCACUGCAGCUGUCACAAGAAAAGAACGUGGUCGUCAUCGGAAGAGCCGAGAAAAGUGACAUUGUGUUGGAGAAAUCUUGGGUCUCGGCCGAUGAUCUGCAGUCAAUGUCCAGACGUCAUUGCGAGGUCUCGUUGGAGAAAGAUGUUCUUUACUUGAAGGACUGCAGCAGCAACGGUACCUUUGUCAAUGGCAAGCGAUGCAACAACGACACAGUCAUCUUGAAGAUUGGGGACAAGAUCAAGUUUGGAAAUUGCAACUCGAAGCUGGAGUACGUUAUUGUUGCACCAAACGUGACAGCCCCCAUCUCUCAGUUUCCUCCCUCUCGGAAAGCAUCGCAGUCUUCAUUGCAGACGUCCAUCUCGCCAGCAGAUGAGAUGAAGAGAAACAGGAUACUGGCGGGUGAGGAGAACCUUGCCCGGCAGUGUGCAGACAACGCCUUCUCGCUGUGGAAGAACAUGAACAACAUACAGCCCAUGGCGGCUGCUCGCACGUUUGCCAGGUUCGGCGAGGCCGGAACUUCAUUUCAAGUUGUGCAUGCAGCCGCUGGUUUCCACCACCUCGCGCAGACUCCUCUUGGCAUCAACAACAUCCUCGCAGCUGGAGCCGUCCAGAGCCUGUUUCAUAUCGUCAGUCGAUGCAGCAACUCGUUCUAUAAGGAGCUCACGUUGGAGGUCAUAGGGAAGCUGUGGAAAGCUUCAGCCGAGGGGAGAGGCCUGAUGAAGAAGAACAAGCUGAUGCAGAGCUUGAUGGAGGAAAGGACGAGGGAGGAGAACAGAGUGAUCCAGCAUAAGAUAGAAGCCGUCGUGAACGAGCUCGAGAAGUUCGACACAGAAAGGAUCGAACUUGUGGAUAGUCGUCCCAGCACAGCAUACUCUGCUUGCUCUACUGUGAAAGCCAGUUCCAGGCCCACGACAGCCAAGCUCGUUAACGGGCGCUCUUUCAGCCGUCCAAGCAGCGCCCUGGAGUCCUCAGCUUCAUGGAUGCAGCAGAAGAACAUACGGGCACUGAGACCCAACACAGCAAGUGGCAAUAGCUCGCAGUGGUACCAGUCCAUCUUCGAACCUGCUGACCUGGCAGGCGACGAGCAAGCUGAAGGUGCAGGAGUUGACAGCUUCGUCACGCAGCCUGAAGGAGACGGGAGUGCUCUAGAGGUACAGCAGCUGGUGGAGGAGGACUCGGUUCCACGAGACUGGAUCAAGCCGCAGGAAGGACGAGGGUCCAAGUGGAAGGCGAUCAGAAACAACCUGCUGAGAACGAGGGUGCAAGGUCGCCCCCAGAGCGCGAUGAACAGGGCAAGUAGACCGCUGAGCGGGCUGCAUGUCCGGGCGAGGCCUCACUCAGCGACUGAAGAGCACGAGCACGAGCUGGGCGGGAGGUCAGAGGAGAGGGUGGAAGAGUAUCCUCGAGAUCCUCUCUACGACUCCGACCCCAGCAGGUCGCUCAGGUUCCGCCUGCCGUCACGGGCCAGCCAAGCUGGACUUGAGCUUGAGCCCAUCGAUGAGAGCGCGUCCUACCUGCAUGACGAGAGCAGCCCCAAUGACAGCAGGCAAGACCCUGAGAGCCCAGCACGACCAGCCGAGCGACAUGGCGGCGACCUGAUGAAUGGGCAAGACAAGGCUGUGAUGGAGAAGAUCCGAUACAAGCAGAAGCUGAUGCAGUCACUGAAACUCAUGUACACGGCUGAGAUGGCUGGCCUUGAGAGUGAGAUCUUUGAUCUGCUGCAGGACGUGCAGCCGUCAGAAGAGAUGGAGAGAGAUUGA